AUGGAAGACGAGCUGCUUACUGCCGCGCUGCAUGGCCACACGAGCGACGCCCAGCGCCUCCUCGAUAACGGUGCGAGCGUGCACUCGACCAACAGCCGUGGCGCGACAGCACUGCUAGUGGCGGCCGAGAACGGACAUACCGACGUUGUUGCAGUCCUCCUCGCGGCCAAGGCCGGUGUCAACCACGCCGACCUUAACGGCGAGACGCCCUUGUUUGCCGCGUCACGCCGCGGCCAUCGCGAUGUUGUGCGUGUAUUGCUCGAUGCAGGUGCAAACGUCGACAAGAGCCUCCAGCUUGGCUUUCAAGACCGCGGUGUGCGACUCCGCCCGGGUGCGACGCCACUUCUGGCCGCUGCGAGAUUUGGCCACGAGGAGACGGUUCGCGUCUUGCUAUCUGCAAAACCCAACAUCAAUGCCUUUGACGAAAGCGGCGAAUUGGCCGUGACGGCAGCAGCGUGCGCCGGCCAUGCCUCGAUUGUGCACCUGAUCUUGCAUGAAAACAGCGACUAUAACGAACCCGCCGAGAUGACUGUGGUGGGAUCGUUCAGUCCCGCGCCAUCGAGACUUAAUCAUGUCAUGUCGCAGCACGACCUUGGCCUCUCGUAUGCACCAGCGGCCACCGACAGCUUUGAGAGGCUCCGGGGGCGCGAGCUCGUUGAUGCAGUGGUUGCCAGCGACGCCGCUGCCGUCAAGGCGCUUGUAGCGCUGGGUGCGCACCCGAACGCAACGAACGCGGAAGGUGAGAGCGCACUGCACCUUGCUGUGCGCUAUGGCGAGCCCCGCAUCCUCGAGAUGCUGCUGCGAGCGCCAGGGGUCGACAGCCAAGCGCGCAACCCGGAUGGCGAGACGCCACUGGUGUUAGCGAUCAAGCUGCGCCACCGCCGGUUCCCACACCAAAUUUACAACGUCGUUCACCAAAUCGCCGACGAUGUGCAUGAGACUGCGAUUCAGAUCAAUGCAAACGCUCUCCUCGGCGACGGCGGCUUUGGCUACGUGCACAAAGGCAUGUACAAGAACGAGCUUGUCGCAGUCAAUGGCGAGUUGCGUCCGUCCGUGAGCGCUGACUGUGCGCCGUGGUACAAGGCGCUGGCUGACGACUGCUUGUCGUUUGAUCCGAAGCAACGUCCAACAGCCCAGACGAUCAUCGACCGUUUGUUGCUGCAGGAAAAGGCUCUUGCUGGUCGAGAACCGGUCGCAGCGCCCGAGACCAAGACCGAGCGUCUGAUGACGCCGCCACAACUGACCAAGGGCAUGAGCAGCAGCUCGUCCACCUCGUCGACGUCGUCGUCCUGGUCGUCGGGAGCUCUCACGAGUCGUCUGCCGUGCCGGAUGUGCAAGACGCGCAACGCAGCGUUGAACCAACACUGCAGCAGCUGCAACGAGGCCAUGCCUGACGAGUCGACCAAGCUCGCGCUCUUGCUCAAGCGCGCCAAGGUGGCCAACGCCAAGGGUUUCUCGAUCAACCUGUGCAUCGACUGCGACAUUUGCGAGACGACCAACGUCAUGACGGCGGCGACGUGUAUCGAUCCCGAGUGCGGCGAGGAGCUUCUGGACGACGCCGAGAAGCUGCGUAUUCUUACCCGUCGCUUUGACCUUGCGACCAGCUCGGCGUGA